AUGUUUCGUUUUACCACUACAUUUGCGUUGGCCAUUCUCUGCCUCACAAAAUCAUCAUGUUCGAGACCUAUAUCUAAGCCCGAGAAAGGAAAACCUUUCGACAUUAACCCCCAAAUUCCACCGAGGCUAGACGCAGUAGGAAAUGUCGGUUGCAGUACCAAUGCUGCGGGUGUUGAUGUCAAUCCCAUUCACCUGCCCUUGAUUCCUUCUCCCAACAUCAAGAAAUCAUUUCAAGAAAGGAGCGUAGAACUGCCGUUGAGCGGCAGAAGUCUGAGGAUCAAACGUGCGGUUCCUCUCUUGGUAGCAGGGUCCAUCAACGGGCAGAGCUUCAUACCUCUACCCACUUUGGCUGUGGAUGCAGUCACAACAAUAUCGUCAAAUACCACAGGUCUUAUGACAGCUACAUAUUCAUCCAUCCCAAGCUGGUCAACCGCAACAAUGUUCAUUUCAAUCAGCACAUCGUCCGAUUUUAUAGGUCCUGUGACAGCGAUAGAUUCAAACAAGAAAGCUCCAUACACAUCAUCGUACAUUAGCAACGAUGCCUCCACCUACUAUUAUCAUAGAACCUCACCCUCGCUUGACGAGUUUGCCCAGAAUGACACAUACACAUCAUCGCCUUUCAAAGAAUUCCAAAGUAAUUCAAUAUGCAUCGGCACAUCCUCAUCCGUUACUAGUUCAAACCGAAACACAAAGGUGGAGAACAAAAACAAAGCCAUUCAAAAUUGCGUCGCAUGCAUCUAA